AUGACGCUGACUGUUCAGGCUGAACCAGUUCUACCAACGCUAGAUCGUCUCAAGGCGACCAUUCCUCAAGAGGUUUCGGCUUCUGAUGUUGCUUCGGCAUGGCUUGUGAAGUUCGGCGAAGUGCUACGCUCCUCAAAACCCGAAGCGAUUAACCUCGAUAAUAUUUUCUUUGUCGAUGCCUUCUGGAAAGAUAUCCUCGCAUUGACUUGGGACUUCCGGACAAUUCGUGGAAUUGAUGCAAUCCAGGCUCUCAUCCGCUCCAGAGCCCUGCCUUGCAAGCUAUCCGUGUCCUCCAUCUCCUCCGACGCGUAUCGUAAACCAAUAUUAGCUCAGCCGUUUCCAGAUCUGGCAUGGAUCCAGUUUGGUUUCGAUAUCGAGACUAAGGAUGGGACGGGACAGUGUUACGUGCGUCUGAUUCCAAGCGCAGGAGGACAAUGGAAAGCAUAUACAGUCUUCACUAGUCUUGAGACGCUACACGGGUCGAAUGGUCAAGCAAAAACCCGCUGGAAGGAGAAGCGCGCUUUCAGUACAGAGUUUAUGAACGAGAAUCCUACCGUUUUAAUUAUAGGAGCGGGACAUAGUGGCCUUGAACUGGCUGCACGGCUUGGAACUAUGGACAUCUCCACGCUAAUUGUAGACAAAUUAUCUCGUGUUGGUGAUAAUUGGAGAAGACGCUAUGACACGCUUUGUCUCCAUGACCCGAUAUGGUAUGAUCAAAUGCCCUUCAUGCAAUUUCCACCUUCCUGGCCGGUGUAUUCUCCAAAGGAUAAGAUUGCUGGCUGGUUAGAAGCAUACGCUACGUCUCUCGAACUAAAUGUCUGGAUGUUAAGCACCGUCCAGAAAGCAACUUGGGAUGAGAAUGGAAAAGUAUGGAACGUGGCAAUCGCUCGCGAAGAUGGUCCUGUGAGAUUUUUGCAAUGCAAAUUCCUCGUAUUUGCAAACGGAUUUGGGGGUGGAAACCCGUACAUCCCGGAUAUUCCAGGACAAGACUUGUUUGAGGGCGUUAUUGAACAUUCUGCACGUUUCCGCAGUGCAAAGUCAUUCGUAGGUAAAAAGGCAAUAGUGGUCGGCGCAUGCAACUCAGGGCACGACAUUGCACAAGACUUUUUCAACAAUGGCGUUGAUGUCACCAUGGUUCAGCGCUCUUCUACAUAUGUGAUAUCCGCUGGUGCAGUCAGACAAAUGCUAACCGCUUAUAGCGAUGACGGCCCACCCCUGGACAUUGCUGACCGCCUUGGGGCAUCACUACCACCCCCUGUGUCAAACCUUGUCAGUCGACGAGGGGUCGCUCACAUAGCAAAUACGAUAGACAAAGAAAUAUUGGAACGCUUGAGAAAGGCUGGGUUUAGACUCAAUAUGGGACCUGACGACUGUGGUGCCUUCCUAUCAUUUUUCAAAAGGGGAGGAGGUUACUACCUUGAUGUCGGUGCAAGUGCACUCAUCGCGGAUGGGAAAAUUAAGCUUAAAGCGGGAACCGAGAUUCAGCAGUUUACACGGAACGGCAUAAAGUUUGCCGAUGGCUCUGAACUGAAAGCGGAUGUCGUUAUUUUUGCAACCGGCUACGGAGAUCAACGUGAUAUUGCAAAGGACAUUUGCGGGCCCGACGUUGUGAAAGCGCUUUCACCUGUUUGGGGUAUUAACGAAGAAGGUGAACUCCGUAGUGUCUGGCGGGACUCUGGGCAUCCUCAAUUACAUUUUGUCGCUGGUAUGAAAUAA